AUGGCGGCUUCCGCGGCCAGCCUGGGCGGCGGCGGCGCGGGCCCGGGGCCCGAGCCAGGGGACUUCUUGGCCCGCUACCGCCAGGUGUCCAACAAGCUCAAGAAGCGGUUCCUGCGGAAGCCGAACGUGGCGGAGGCCGGCGAGCAGUUCGCCCAGCUCGGCCACGAGCUGCGCGCCCAGGAAUGCCUGCAGUACGCGGCCUGGUGCCAGCUGGCGGUGGCGCGCUGCCAGCAGGCGCUCUUCCACGGGCCCGGCGAGGCGCUGGCGUUGACCAAGGCCGCGCGCCUCUUUCUGCGGCAGGAGCGCGACGCGCGCCAGCGCCUGGACUGCCCCGCCGCCGCCGGGGAGGCCCUGCAGGCCGCUGCCGCCGCGCUGGGCGCCGCCGUGCGCCUGCACCUGGAGCUCGGGCAGCCGGCCGCGGCCGCCGCGCUCUGCCUCGAGCUGGCGGCCGCCCUGCGCGACUUGGGCCAGCCGGCCGCCGCCGCCGCCGGCCACUUCCAGCGCGCCGCGCAGCUGCAGCUGCCCCAGGGGCCCCUGGCCGCCUUGCAGGCCCUCGGCCACGCCGCGUCCUGCCAGCUGCUGGCCCGGGACUACAGCGGCGCGCUGGCACUCUUCACGCACAUGCAACGCCUGGCACGGGAGCUCUGCGGUCUCCCGCCGCAGCCCCCGCUCCCGCAGCCCGCCGCCUCCGGCCCUCCGCUCCCGCUGCUCCUACCCGGCGCGGGGCCGCCUGCUGCCGCCGCCCCGGCCACGCUGGGCGCCUUCGCCGACGUGCUGGUCCGUUGCGAGGUGUCCCCCGUGCUGCUGCUGCUGCUCCUGCAGCCGCCGCCCGCCAAGCUCCUGCCGGAGCACGCGCACACCCUGGAGAAGUACGCCUGGGAGGCCUUCGACGGCCACGGGCAGGACAGCAGCGGCCCGCUGCCCGAGGAGCUAUUCCUGCUGCUACAGUCCUUGGUCAUGGCCACGCACGAGAGGGACACGGAGGCCGUCAAGUCGCUGCAGGUGGAGAUGUGGCCCCUGCUGAGCGCUGAGCAGAACCACCUCCUGCACCUCGUUCUGCAGGAAACCGUCUCCCCGUCGGGCCAGGGGAUCUGACGAAUCCCUGAGAGGAACCCAGCCACGCUGUGCCUGUUCCUGAAACUCAGGCACCGGCCUGCGCGUUUGCGGGAGCACGAAAGAUCUUGAUCCUGGCGCUUCUGCUUCUGCAGUGUAUCUUACUUGUCUUGCCACCGGAAGAAUGCAGUUGACUAAAGUCACCUUGUUUCCAUAACAG